UUUAUAUUUUACGUGCAUUUCUUUCGUGAUGUUGCACCUCUUUGGCUGGAUAUCUCAAUAGUGCUGCCCGUAGCAUGGAUAGCGAAACCUUUUGGGAUGCUCUUUGCGGUGAUCAACACUGUAAUCAAAUCGGGCAUACUAAUUUUGGUGGUUGCUAUAUUUGGAGUAUGUUUCCAUAUAGAAUUCGGAAAUUCAACGGAGACAACGAAUGCCACGAAUAACACGAAUGCCACGAAUAACACGAAUGCCACGGAUACUUUAAGCUUGAAUUUUGAUGCCCUCAGCUCAGCAGUCAUGAAGUCAUUUAUAAUGUCAACUGGAGAAUAUGAUGCUAGCGGUGCUAAUAUUAAAAAUUUAGGGCAAUAUCUUCUAUUAUUUGUGUUUAUCAUCAUCGUGGGAAUUUCGUUAUUUAAUCUCCUUGUCGCGAGGGCCUUGAACGACAUUCAGUUGAUUCAAUCCCAAGCGGAAAUUUUUAGAGCCAUAUAUCGCAUCAAUAUAAUGAAACCUUCUGACAUCACGAUUACAAUAAGGGAUUUGUGUAAAAAAAAUGCGUUUUGGAUGAAGCCGUCUUAUAAUAAGUUGCAGAAGAUUAUGAUACAAAAAUUUAAAUAUCCGCUAAAGAUGACUUUUUACUAUACCAAAGUUAAUGCCACCGAUAAAGGCACGACUGAUUAUGCUAUUGAUUUCGUUAGCCCAAAAAGGACGUUUUACGGAAGAAUCAAAAUGCCUCAACACUUUGACUAUAAUUCGUUUAAACGUGUAGUUGAAAUUGCUGAGAAAAAUUCGAACAAGGAACAACAAACCAAUCAGAACAUAGAGCUGAAUAGUGAUAGAGCAGAUUUUCAAAGAAAAUUGGAAAUUGCGAUGAAGGAUCAAAUGAACUUAAUUCAAAUUAGCUUAAAGCAACAGACUGAGACUAUUAAGCGUAUAGAAACUAUCUUACAAGAAACUCGGCACACAAAAUAA